AUGGAACAACUACAGGAUCCAGUUAUGCAAGAAGAUGCAAAUAUUCAAGCUAUUAAUGAAGAGUAUAGGAAAGCCUUUAUUUUUAUCAAUAAAGGACUGAAUACAGAUGAACUGGGUCAGAAGGAAGAGGCAAGAAGUUACUAUAAGCAAGGGCUUGACCACUUGCUCCGAGGAGUUAGCAUUCCAUCACAGGGUCCUGCAUGCAUCGGGCCCCAGUGGGAGUCUGCUAGGCAAAUGCAACAGAAGAUGAGGGAGACCCUGCAAAAUGUUCAUGCUCGGCUCGGCGAUCUAGACCAAAACACUCCACCUGUACAAGCAGGUGCUGCAGCAAUGGAUGUCCCUGCUGGGGCGCCCAAGUUAUACCCAUCCAUUCCUUCCAAAGAAAAGCCCCUUACCCCUGAUUCUCUGUUUGUACCAAGUCAGUCCUCUGCAGCAGAUGGAAGCGUUGCAGCUGUGAGCCAGGCACAAAUUCCACCUAUGAGUCCAUCAUCUGCAAAACCUCUUUGUCUGCCAAAUGAAGCACCUCCUGCCUAUACUCCUCAAGCUACCAAUGGCCAUUUUACUGUGUCUUACGGCACAGACUCUGGGGAGUUUUCUUCUGUAGGUGAGGACUACUACAACAAGUGUACUCAGCCACCUCCCCUGCAAAACUUGGGAGUGGAUGCAGAUGAGCUGAUCUUGAUUCCCCAAGGAGUGCAAAUAUUCUUUGUGACUCCUGAUGGGCAGGUUAGUGCUCCUUCAUAUCCUGGAUAUCUACGCAUUGUGAAGUUCUUGGAUACUGAUAGUGAAGCGGCUCAGAAUCGUCCACCUGCAUUUCUUCAGGUUUGUGACUGGCUGUAUCCUCUAAUGUGUAACCAGUCUCCCGUUCUGUGCUGCAAUACUGGAGUCUACAUGUUCCCUGACACAAUGUCCCAAAUACCAGGGUCCUAUGUGGGAGUAGUGCUGUCCUCAGAACUUCCAGCAGCUGACAGAGACCUGUUUGAGGAUCUCUUAAAACAGAUGUCUGACCUUCGAAUCCAGGUGCCAGGAUCCCAUGAGAGAGUAGGGUUAUCUUCAGAGCUCCCAGCAACUCGGAGAGCACAUUUUGAAGAUAAAUUUAAACAGAUGUCUGGCCACAAAGUCCAGCCUUCAGACACUUCUGGUGAUACAGUUAACUUGCCUCAGACUGUGCAUAUCCAACCACAACCUGAAGGAGCAGAAAAUCAGAAAGAGUUGCCAGAAUGGAGUGAGAAAGUAGCCCAUGGAAUCUUGUCAGGUGCAUCUUGGGUAAGCUGGGGCCUAAUGAAAGGAGCAGAAUAUACUGGUAAAGCUAUCCACAAAGGAGCUUCUAAACUGCGAGAACACAUUCAACCAGAAGAAAAGCCUGUGGAAGUCAACCCAACUGUAGCAAAAGGACUUCAUGUAGCAAAACAGGCUACUGGAGGAGCUGUGAAAGUCAGCCAGUACUUAGUUGAGGGAGUGUGCUCUAUAGCGAGCUGUGUCGGAAAGGAGCUAGCGCCACACGUGAAGAAGCAUGGCAGCAAAUUAGUUCCAGAAUCCCUUAAGAAAGAUAAAGAUGGCAAAUCCACUUUUGAUGGUGCUCUGGUUGUAGCAGCAAGUGGUAUUCAAGGGUUUGCAACAGUGUGGCAAGGUCUGGAAGGUGCAGCAAAGUGCAUUGCUAAAAGUGUUUCAACUGAGACUGUAAAAACUGUCAAAUACAAGUAUGGAGAGGAUGCUGGUCAUGCUACAGACAAUGCUAUGAAUUCUGCAAUCAAUGUUGGUGUGACAGCAUUUAACAUUGACAACAUUGGUAUCAAAGCUGUUGUAAAGAGAACUGCAAAGGAAACUGGCCACGCUGUGCUAGAUGAAUACAAAAUAUUGGAUAAUGAGAAGAAGGGUAAAAAAUGA